GGCGAGGACUACACCUCCCAGCCUGCCCGGCGCCCGGCCGCGCCGUCUUCCGCCGUCGCGUGGUUUCCGGAGCGGAUCGGAACCCGGAGCCCGGAUCCGAUCCGGCUCGGGCCGUUCCCGGGGCAGAGCACAGCAGGUCACUGUGCUGAGCUCAGGAAAGAUGGAGGCUGAAUCAGAAAGUUUGCUCUGUGGAAAAUGAAAGUGCUCGGUACAAAACUGAAAAUUAAGCUAAUGCAGAUAAAAACUGAAAUAUAGAGUCUCAUCAAUGAAGUGAGGUGAAAGCAAAUUGGUGGGUUACCAUAUCAUUGCAGGUUUAAAAAAUGGCUGAAGAUGGCAGUGAUGAGACUAUGUUUAUUUGGUGCGAGGACUGUGGGCAGUACCAUGAUUCAGAGUGUCCUGAGCUGGGCCCAGUGGUGACAGUCAAAGACUCCUUUGUGUUGAGCAGAGCCAGGUCAUCUCUGCCUUCUAAUUUGGAGAUAAGACAAUUGGAAGAUGGGACUGAAGGAGUAUUUGCUUUGACACAGCUAGUGAAACGUACGCAGUUUGGCCCAUUUGAAUCCAAGAGAGUUGCCAAGCUUGAAAAAGAAUCAGUUUUUCCACUGAAGGUGUUCCAGAAGGAUGGGCCCCUGGUUUACUUUGAUACCUCAAAUGAAGAUGAUUGCAACUGGAUGAUGAUGGUGCGGCCAGCCACUGAACACGAACAUCAAAAUUUAACUGCCUUCCAGCAUGAUAAUGAUAUUUACUUCACCACCUCCCGGGACAUCCCACCAGGAACUGAGCUGCGAGUGUGGUAUGCAGCUUUUUACGCCAAAAAAAUGGAAAAGCCAGUGCUGAAGCAGGUCUCUAGUGUUGCCAAUGAUAUGUGCUUGGUAGUGAUGGAAUAUGAUAAAGAGGGGAACAAAAUCUCUUCAAAGCCUUCGACUGCUGUCUUUCCCCAUAAAAAAACGAAAAAAUCCAGCAUACCAGUAGCUGAUCCAGCAGUGAACGCUUCAGAAGGCAGCGGAGCUGCAGAAGCAGAGUCCAGCCAGUGGACAUGUAAAGUCUGUUCUUCUGCUUUCCAAGAGCCUCAGUUGCUGACAGAGCACUUGCUGAGUCACCUGGAGCAAGCUAAAGGUGGUCCCCAAGCCAGCCAAAAUGAGGCUGUUACUGUUCCAGAGAAAGCAACAGAGACUCCCCCUGCGGAUCCGCCAGUGGUUUGUGAUGCAGCUAGUGCCAGUACAGACUCAAGGAGGAAGGCCAGACGGGGAAGAAAGCCCAAAACAGCAAAAGCAGAAACACCCCUUGUCGUUGUUGAAGAGAAGGAUCCUGCAGUGGAACGUGUAGCUGACACUGCGACUGAAGUCCCGCCAGAUGAGGUAGCCCUGCCUUCAGCUGCAGAAGAGAGGAUUAUGGAAUUGGUUUUAGGAAAGAUGCCUAGCACCACAAACAGCAUCAGUUCAGUCACAAAUAGGUUUGCUCAUCACCAAAACACCAUGUCCCUCAAAAGAAGUUUAAUUCUCUCCAGUAGACAUGGUAUACGGCGGAAGCUGAUAAAACAACUCGGGGAGCACAAACGAGUCUAUCAAUGCAGUAUCUGCAGUAAGAUCUUCCAGAACAGCAGCAACCUCAGCAGGCACAUCCGUUCUCAUGGUGACAAACUAUUUAAAUGCGAGGAAUGCGCAAAGCUGUUCAGUCGUAAAGAAAGCUUGAAGCAGCACGUUUCGUACAAGCACAGCAGGAAUGAAGUUGACAGCGAGUACAGAUACAAGUGCACAACAUGUGAAAAGGCCUUUCGGAUAGAGAGCGCGUUGGAAUUCCAUAACUGCAGGACAGAUGACAAGACAUUCCAGUGUGAGAUGUGUUUCAGAUUCUUUUCUACAAACAGUAAUCUUUCCAAACACAAGAAAAAACAUGGGGAUAAGAAGUUUGCAUGUGAAAUCUGCAAUAAGAUGUUCUACAGGAAGGAUGUCAUGCUAGACCAUCAAAGACGACACCUGGAAGGGGUGAGGCGUGUGAAAAGAGAAGACUUUGAACACAGCACGGAAAACAUGGUUCGCUACAAGAAGGAGCCUUCGGGAUGCCCCGUGUGUGGGAAGGUAUUUUCAUGCAGAAGCAACAUGAACAAACACCUUUUAACACACGGAGACAAGAAGUACACCUGUGAAAUCUGUGGGCGUAAAUUUUUCAGGGUGGAUGUGUUGAGAGAUCAUAUUCAUGUCCAUUUUAAGGAUAUAGCACUAAUGGACGAUCACCAGAGGGAAGAAUUCAUUGGUAAAAUUGGAAUCUCAUCAGAGGAAAAUGAUGACAACUCUGAUGAAAGUGCAGAUUCUGAGCCUCACAAGUAUAGCUGCAAAAGGUGCCAGUUAACUUUCGGCCGAGGGAAGGAGUACCUGAAGCAUAUAAUGGAUGUGCACAAGGAGAAAGGCUAUGGCUGUAGCAUUUGUAAUCGACGUUUUGCUUUGAAGGCAACUUACCAUGCACACAUGGUCAUUCAUCGGGAGAACCUGCCUGAUCCUAAUGUACAGAAGUACAUCCAUCCAUGUGAAAUCUGUGGAAGGAUUUUUAACAGUAUAGGGAAUCUGGAAAGACAUAAGCUUAUACAUACAGGUGUAAAAAGUCAUGCUUGUGAGCAAUGUGGCAAAUCAUUUGCUAGGAAAGACAUGUUAAAAGAACACAUGCGGGUCCAUGAUAAUAUCCGAGAAUACUUGUGUGCAGAAUGUGGCAAAGGAAUGAAGACAAAACAUGCGCUUCGUCACCACAUGAAGCUUCACAAAGGGAUUAAAGAAUACGAGUGCAAGGAAUGUCACCGAAAAUUUGCACAGAAAGUCAACAUGCUGAAGCAUUACAAAAGACACACAGGAAUCAAAGAUUUUAUGUGUGAGCUCUGUGGGAAGACUUUUAGUGAGAGAAAUACGAUGGAGACUCAUAAGCUAAUUCAUACAGUAGGAAAACAGUGGACAUGUUCGGUCUGCGAUAAGAAGUAUGUCACUGAUUACAUGCUCCAGAAGCACAUACAGCUCACUCAUGAUAAGGUGGAAGCCCAGAGCUGUCAGCUGUGUGGGACAAAGGUUUCUACCAGAGCAUCCAUGAGUCGACAUAUGAGGCGUAAACAUCCAGAGAUUCUUUCAGUGAGGAUUGAUGAUUUAGAGCAGCUGCCAGAGACUACUACCAUUGAUGCCUCCUCAAUUGGGAUUGUUCAGCCAGAAUUAGCCUUGGAACAGGGCGAGUUACCAGAAGGGAAACAGCAUAUGAAAGCUCCUAAACGUGGCCAGAAACGGAAGCAAAAGUCAAGUGAGGAGGAGGAAGCUCAAGUGCCUGAGGACCCUGCCUUCAGUGAAUACACAGAGAAGGAAGCUGAAUUUACAGGAAAUGUUGGAGAUGAGACUAAUUCAGCUGUACAGAGCAUUCAGCAGGUGGUGGUGACCCUUGGCGACCCCAAUGUCACAGCCCCGUCCAGUUCCGUCGGGCUGACAAACAUCACCGUUACCCCCAUUACAACAGCAGCUGGCACCCAAUUCACAAACCUCCAGCCGGUGGCAGUGGGCCACCUGGCUGCGCCCGAGCGCCAGCUGCAGCUGGACAACUCCAUUCUCACCGUGACGUUUGACACCGUCAGUGGCUCCGCCAUGCUGCACAACCGCCAGAAUGACAUUCAGAUCCAGCCGCAGCCAGAGGCUGCCAACCCUCAGUCUGUGGCCCAUUUUAUAAACCUGACCACCCUGGUGAACUCCAUUGCUCCUCUGGGGAACCAGAUAACAGAACAGCAUCCUCUGACGUGGAGGUCAGUGCCUCAGACUGAUGUCUUGCAGCCCCAGGCACAGCCAACGCCACAGCAGUCAGGACAGCAACAGGUUCAAACAGAGCAACAACAACAGAUGUAUAGCUACUAAUUUAUACUUUGAAAAGACAAAAUGGACAGUACUUAGAGACAAAGAGACGCAGACAUUUGGAAAAUUUCUAAUAGGAUUGUUUGCUGGAUACCAAACAGAGAUGGGAAAAUGUUUAUACAAUGAAAUGUAAGCUGAAAUUGGCAUAGCACCCUGCAACACUCUAAUUUUGAGAUUCUCAUAUCGUCUCUAGACCUUGCACUGUCUUUCAAAAAAAAAAAAAAAGGGAAAGAAAAAUCUCACCAUAAAUUUAGCACCCCCUUGCACUGUGUAUUUUGUGCAGAAAGAUUGAGAUUUGACAGGAGCAUCAUAAUCUAUCUUAACCAAAGCAGGGAAAUUCUAAAUAAUAUGGCACUGGUGAUUUAGAAAACCCUUUCAGCCGUAACAUGGCACUUACUUCUCUCCAGUCUGGAAAUAAUAUAUGAAGACCUUGUUGACAGUAAGCUGGAGUGCACUUCUGGCCAGCUGGUAGACUGAAAUGUAAACACAAAUGGGCAAAACAGUAAUUGUCUUCUUUCUUCUUUAGGUCUUAUAUCUAACAACGUUGGUAAAGUAGGUGGAGGUUGGGGCUUGUGGGUGGGGAUGAGUGUGGUGUGGAAGAAAAUACACCAAUUUCACAAAGUGUUUUCAUUUAGUGAUGGGAAAAGCCCUGUACCUGUAACACAGUGUUAGUACUACUUGAAUCACAUAGCUGGUCUAAUGCUAAAGCAACUUUUAUGGUCUUGUAGUCAAGUUUGAAUCAAACCAGUUACGAACUGAGACAAGAAUGUGAUACAGUUUUAUGUAAUUUUUCAAAACUGCUCUUUCAAUUUUGCUUUUAGCUACUAGGCCUGAAGAGCAAUUGGUCCCCUUUGAUCAAGUUCAGGAUGUGAAUUUUUUUCAAUUAGCCUUCUUUCAUCGUGUAAUAAACAUUUGAGAAAGCAUUCUUUAUAUAUAUAUAUAUAUAUAUAUAUAUACACAUAUAUAUAUAUAUAGCCUUUGUACUUUACUGUGCAUUCCUGGUGAAUAUUUGUGUGAAGAACAUUUGUUAUCAAUAUGAUGCGUUAAGUUCCACAUCCUCAUAUUGCCCUUUCUCACAGAAAUAAUGUAUGGAUUCUAUUUCUUCAGUUUCCAAAACUCAUUGUCACAUACAACGUUGUGCGAAAUGCUAGACAAAAGAAUGUCUAACGCAUAUCCUGCCACAUGGAGGCAGUGUGCCCUAGUGUAUAAUGGGCAAGGUUUGCAUGAAUAUUGGGGAUAUAGAGGGUUGGGCCAAAUACAUUACUGCUGAUACUACACUUUCAUUCCAUUCUCCAUAUAUUGAUGUGUAGUCUGGACUUUGGCAUGUCAAGAAGACAGUAUUUUUCUCACAGAGAAAAAGCAGCUGAUAUCAAAAAGGAAUAAACUAAAAACAAACAAACAGAAAGUUGCUGCCUGGAAUCCUGAAAGGCAAAUUUGUCCUGCCAGCUACAGUUGAAGAACAAGUUCCCUUGGGGCUGCAAACUGAGCCACAGAACCAUACUAAAGAUUUUUGCUGAGGAUGAAGCUUCUGCUGUGUUUAACAGUGAAGACUGAUGGUUGUAAAAAUGCUGUCUGUGCCUAUCAUAUUUAUGAAAAUGGUCUAUGUAUUAGCAAAAAUAUGAGUAGGAAUGAGUUUGUCGUUGAAAGUUGGUAUUAACAUGGACUACCUGACCCCUAAAGAAUGCCUUAUAAUCUCUGCAGCAAAUCAUUCCAAAGUAUAAAUGACUGGAAAUUAAAGAUAACCUCCCGUGGCUUUCUUCUUGCCAGAGCAACAGCCAGAGUCUCACUAUGCUACGCUCUGUGUAAAGCCUAAUUACAAUGGGACGUGGCAAUAAGAGAGGGGUUUCUGGUGACAGGUUUUGCGUCAGAGGAAUAGAACUACUUUUCUGUAAAUGUCAACAAGUCCAGAAAUGUCUUUAUGGGAGACACCUAUAUUUGAGGGGACAAGGAUGCAUAUCAGAAACAUCUUUUACCAGUGUGGAAAAAAAAAAUUAUUUUCCCUAGUCUCUUAUUUUCCCCAGUUCCUUUUCAAACAACACUCUGUGGUUCUGUAAUUUUUUUUAGCCUCCCAUCAUCCCAAGAAUUAGAGCUUGAUGCCCCUCUAUCACACGGAUUAUUCCACCACUGGCUUGAACCAGAUAAGCUACUCAGCUAUCCUCCCCACGAGUGCUUCCCUUUCAUGCCAAAACCCAUUGAUCAAGAGGACUCUAGGUUUUAUUUAUAAAACAUUUUAUGUACUUGAAACUUUUUAAAACUUUUUAAAACUUUUUUUUUCCAUCGUGUUCAGUACCUAAUUAAUAAAGUCACAUUAUAUUUUGGCAAGGUGACUAAAAAAAAAAUAGGAAAGCAAAUGCAGAGGUCCAAGAUCAAGUUACUGUGGUAAAUAUGAUGGCUGACAUCUAAAAAAAAUACAUGUAUGUAAACAGACAAGGAGGGUUGCAGUGCUGCAUAUAGAAUUUCUGGAAGAUUAGGUUUUUGUCUAGACAUAUGUAUGUGGUGAUUAAGCUUUUACAUAGGGAGGAAGAGAUUUUUUGCCUCAGUUGCACCAUUGAGUACAUCUGCUCAAUAUUAAUACCACGGAUGUUUGCAUUCAGGAUACAUCAAAUCAACCAGAGCCAUUUUAACAACUAGUAGUUGCCUGACUAUUUGAUAAGAAUGGUGUCUGCAGGUGAUCACCCAUUACAGAGAUCUCUCUGACUUCACAAAGCCCGUGUGGGUGCUCCUCAGGUGUUCUGUGCUCUCAUGCUGACUCUUAUCCCUCCUGCUCUUCCUGGCCCAUGGAAUCUGGCCCAAGCAAGUCAGCAUCUUGCCCUUCUGAUAACAAUUGAUCCUAAGUAUCUAACUAAUUCAGUAUCCCCAAAAACUUAAAUGAUAUUCUGCUUCAGGAGAUAAAAAUGAAGCUCACUGGAAGGAAGGGCUUUGAGUAGGCCAGGCAAUAGAAAGUUCUCAGAACCUCCCAGAAGGCUCCUUUUAAAAAUGAUCUUGACUUCCCCUGUAACCCUUGCUGUGGUAUCUCGUCAUCUCAGUGUGAUUUUAUUACUAAUAUUAUUAACAUCCCUAUGAAAACAAAACUGUAUCUUGGGUGUGCUGCAACAUGAAAAAAAUUCUUUUUUUUUUUUUUUUUUUUGAGAAAUUGGAAAUUGAUUCCUUUUCAGACAGAACUUACCUUGGAGAACUAGUGAAUGCCAGCUGCUCUCCCAGCUAAGCCUUUUUCAGAGGAAUACCAAAGUUACACUGAUGCUGUUUCUACCUGCACAACAAAUAAAAACAUGUAAGGGAUGUGCAAUCUAACUUUCAUUUGCCAAUUUGUUACUAGCCUUUUCAUUUAUAGCACAUGAAGGUUACAUUUUUUCAGCCGUGUGUCGGAAAAUUUUCCUAACAACUGUUCGGUAACAAACUGGAAAUAUUUUGAGCCAAAGGAGUGAUGUUGUGUAGUGUUGUGUAUUGUCAUUGUUUAUUGCUGAGACUAUUAUUUAAUUGAAUGCUGUCUGUGGCACAUGGGCUCUGAAGUAAAGGAGCAACAAGGUACA